AUGGGCGCAACUGCCAGCGUUGAGGCCCCGAGUGCUGAUGAUCUCAAGCGCCUUUAUGACAAGCACGACAUUACCGGCUCCGGGCACCUGGAGAAGCAAGAGGCUUUCGCGCUUCUCGAAGACCUCAGGAUCCGAUAUGGCAUGGAGGAGGAGCUUCCCGAGUCCUUCAAGGAGGCGGUGUUUCAGGAUUUUGACAAGGACAGCGCCGGCACCUGGAGUUGGCAUGACGUGCGAGUUCUGAGCGGAGAGGGUUGGCCUGCCAUGCGACGGCGCUUGCAGCGCUUGCGGGUGCGGGGAGGCCAGCGGCACAAUCGAGCUCAACGGCAGAAGGAGCAGACUUUUACUGAAAGUGCCGCAUCAGCUUGGUCAAAGGUGUCCGGUGCAGGAGCCGCUGUCGCGGCCCUUAAGGAGGUGGAAAAGGCUCCGGACUUGGAGGAGGAGGUUCAGCUGGACUUCCAUCCUUUGCGAAUCCAAAAUAUCUCGAUCGGACAGGAAUCCUGGACCUUCGCGCCCGUGCUCGACUUGCGGGUGAUCCGUGGCGACCCUCGCCGUGGCCGGACCGCGCCCAAUGAAGUCAACCAGGCGGUCUUCGAGGGGCCCUUUGUGGCGCGCGUUGUAUCCGGUGUACCUCGCGGUACUACAGAGGAUCCGACGUGGUCCGAGUCGCUGCAGUUGACUUUCACCAAAGCGAAGGGACUUUAUGUCCAUGUGGUUCUGUCGGACACGCGCUUCGGCGUCGGCUUGGGUCCUCUUGCAGAGCUUGUCGUCACGCUUGGGGAGGUGUUGGACAUGAUGCGUUCUCCGGCUGUAAGUCGCUUCACCAUGCAGCCCUUCUCGGUGGACUUGUCAAAGGUCAAAAUAAGUCCUCCUGUGGUACUGGUCGCACAGUUUGGUGGACCACGGCCGAGCCUUCACUGUUUCUGCCACGUGAUCCGGGCAGAGGCUCUGCCAGAGGACACCUUCGUGAUCGAAGUUGCGCUACUUGCGAACCAGGGAGAUGGUUGCAUUCUAGCACGUGGCCGAUCAGAUCCUCAAAGCGGCCCCGAUCCGAUCUAUCACAGCUCAGUGAACUUGGACUGGGAUGACGAGGGCGACAUGGCUUUCAGCUGCCAGGUCAUUCGAACAGGAAUGGGAUUCAGUGAGGAAACUUUCGCGGAGCUGAAGGAGAAGCUGCCACAGGCAAUGGUGGCUGCUGUUGGCAGAUCCCAGCGGCUGGAGCUUCGAUGUUUAGACGGAUCAGGUACCAACGCAGAGGUCAGCAUGCACUUCGCCACAGUAAUGCCAGAGGCGUGCUUGAGCAUCACGGCCUCUUCAGCAACCUGCCUUGCGCCGAAGAGCGAGGCUUGGAGUUUCAAUCCUUUCGUGGAGGCGAGUGUUCAUAGCCGCGAUCCACGACUCGGCAGCAUCGGCCGCAGUGCCAAAGUCGCCACUGCACAGACCGAGACUCUGACCAACUGCCAUGCAGAUCCACAUUGGACGCAGCCUAUGGUCCUCAAGCUGGUGCCUGAGCCUGGGCUCUUCUUGCGCGUCGUCGUCUGCUCGGAAGCGCUCGGCGUGACAAGGGCUUGGGACGAGCUGGCGGAGCUGGUCAUGGAGCUGCCCGAGGCGCUGAAGCUUGCGCAGGGGUCAGUGGAGCGGAAGUGGACAAUGAAGCGGCUGAUCGACAUGAAGCGGCACGGCGAGUCUGAAAUUUUCCUGAGCUUCGCACAGGUAGGCGGCAAUGUUGCUGCCUCUGCCUUCGAGAUCGCGGAGCACCCCAUGCCCAUGCAGGAGGGAGCCAUGCCGCGGCCGCUCCACCCGAAAGCUGCACCGGAUGGCAGCCCUGUGGGCCCAGCGGGAGCAAGACCGAAGCAUACGACCAUGCAGCUUCCGAUCGCUCCCGGCUAUACACUGCCGCCGCAGCCCUCCGUGCAGGGAAUGCAGCACCUGGGGCAAGUGCUUCAAGCGCAUGGCCAAGAGAUUCCAGACGUCAUCGCGCAGCGUUAUGGGCCGCCGCGGCAGCCGAGGUUCCAAGAUCUUCCUCCACCUCCGGCACUCCGGCAUGUUGCGCCGCCAUCACCAGAGGAGCUCUCCCAGGCUUUGCAGCGCGGGCCAACACAAGGAGCCAUCGUGAAAGGCAGUGUGCCGUUGAGCUUCCUAAGUGCUCCUGGCAAUCCUCAUCUCGCCUGGCUUGCUCGUCGGUGA